GGUUUAACGAGUGAAAAAAAAGGAGUGAGUUAAAUAACAACCACCGACAAAAUGCCUGGAAAGAAAGUGAAACCCUCUGACCAGGUGUCGAAUAUUGCAAAGAGAUCAUCAAGCUCCAGUUCGAUGCUCUCCCUUACACCAUCACAGCUUAAUACAGCCAUUAUGGAAAUGUUGAGUAUGAGACAAGCAGCUACCAGAUGUGACGCAGUUUGUAGAGGUAACCCUAUUACAGAUGCAGGGAAACGCAAGCAAAUGAUCAAAAUGUUGUCAGUUGUAAUGAUUCCAGUAUUAGUAAUUACUGGUAUGACAGCAAACACCUUUGCCAUAGCCAUUGACAACUACAUCAGUUCUGCAAAUGUCCGAGAACUCCUCUUCUUCAGCAUAGAAUUAGGAGCGCUGCUUCGUACCAUCCAAUUUGAACGAGAUAUGAGUGCCCUUUAUGUCAGUAAUAUCAAGCCAGAGACAAAAGAUUUUCUACUGCAGAGGUAUCCUGAUACUGAUCUUGCUAUUCAAAAUUUAUCAAAAUGGCCGAGAGGAGAUGACAUUGUAAUGGAAAUGGAAACACGGGAACGUUUUCUCUCAUAUUUGAAUAAACACCGAUAUCAGCUUGACGUUUAUAAUCAGUCGGUGGAAACUGAAUUAGAUUUCUAUUCCAACAGCAUAAUGGUUUUAUUGAAAUGGUUAUACGACGCAAUUAGCGAAUCAAGUACUGGAUCAGUUUGGAAAGACGUGGUGGCAUAUCAAGAAAUUAUUGUGUCCAGCGAACUGUUUGGACGAGAAAGAGCGCUUGGAGUGUCAUUCUACGCUACUGGCGGUUUUGAAACAAGAGAAAAAUAUCUUUUGUUCAUGGAAAAUCAGGAUCGAGCAAACGUCACUUUCGAAUCGGCCAGAUUUUACUCUAAAAUAGCAUUUGAUAUUUAUAACAUAGAACUGGCUAAAAACACAGAGGUUAUUGUUCCAAUAGAAGACUAUAGAAACAGAAUCAAGUCAAAUAAUUAUACAAGUACUCAAGCAUCUAUCCAUGAGGCUGAAAGAUGGUUUGAUAACAUGACAAUAUAUCAGGGAGUUUUGACACGAACUCAGAAUGCGCUCGCUCUGACCAUUGACGAAAGUCUCGCCAAAGCAUCUGAAGAGGAACUUCAAAGUGUUAUAACUAUAUGCAUUGUGUUUGGCGUCAUUCUUAUUGUAUGCCCAUUGAUUGUAUUUGCAGUGUACUCAUUAACAUCUGAAAUCCAAAAGUAUUCAAUUUCCAUCGCAAACAGGACAAAAGCCUUAAACAAAGAGAAGAAACGAACUGACAUUUUGUUGUAUCAGAUGUUACCAAAGAGUGUAGCAGAAAGCCUGAAAAGAAGUGAAGAAGUAGAUGCUGAGCAGUAUGGAGAUUCCACAAUUUUCUUUAGUGAUAUUGUGGGGUUCACGAGUAUAUCUGCACAGAGUUCACCUCUUCAAGUUGUUGAUAUGUUGAAUGGACUGUAUUUAAGCUUUGAUGCCAGAAUUGAGGUUUACGAUGUAUAUAAAGUUGAGACCAUUGGUGAUGCUUACAUGGUGGUAUCAGGUGUUCCUAGGAGGAAUGGAAGGAGACAUGCAUCGGAAAUAGCAACAAUGGCUCUUGAUCUUCUGGAUAAUAUCAAGAAGCUGGAAAUACCACACCUACCUGGAAGUAAAUUCAAGCUCAGAAUCGGAUUACACUCAGGGCCAGUCCUUGCCGGAGUUGUCGGAACGAAAAUGCCCCGGUAUUGUUUAUUUGGAGAAACUGUCAGCAUUGCAUCCAAAAUGGAAUCCCAGGGUAGAGGCAACAAGAUACAAAUAAGCCUUACUACUAGAGAUUUGUUAAACGUUUUUGGUGGAUUUGUAAUGGAAGAAAGACGGGAUGAUGAAAUGAAACAUGAUCGAGAUGUCUUGAAUGCUUUUCAUGGUUACGUUCGUACAUACUGGUUGCUUCACCGUGAUGGUUUCUUGUCCGAUGACGAUAAUGAUUCCUCUAGAUCAUCUUCACCAGAAUGUCCUAUGCAAAACACUGAAAAGUCCGGAGGUUUGAAGUCGUAUUUACCUCACUAAUGAUGCUAUCUUUUGAAUGAUCAACAAAUUGAGGAAAACAACAACCUUGUACAAAGAAAGUUUUAUUGAAUUCUGUCAAUUUCACAAAUGUGAUAAUGAUAUUCAUUUAUGUGUUAUAAUGUAAUGUUUUUUUUCGAUCUAUUUUUAUGAUCUCUAUUUCCACCUGAUUUAUAGACUUUUUCAUACGGGAAUUGGAUCCUCGUUUAAGAAUGUUUUCAUGAUACAAAAUAUUUUAUUAAGUAAUAGGUACAAAUGUUUCUAAAUUAGCAGGCUGUUAAUAUAAUAGCAAAUACAGUACAUAUUAGCCAACAGUUUUAACACAGUCUUAAGACUUAAGACUUUUCUGACUUUUGUUAACACAAUUUUUAAAAUUGCAUGAUGUACGAAAAAAACCCAACUUUUAUUUAACAUUCUACAAAAGUCGAGUCAAACUCGGUUUUCGAAAACAAUCUUGUUUCAAACUUUCCCAAAUGUGUUUUAUUGUUCUAACUGUUUAAUUUAGUGUUCUUAUUAAGUUUAUAUUUCUCAAAUAGAGCGUCAGAAGUAUUCCCCGGUUUACUGAAAGCGUCUUUUGAUGCUGCCACAUAUAUCGUCGUUAUAAAAAUGCUCCACAUAUAUUGUUAAAUUUUUUGUUGAAAUUGCUCGAUUUACGAAAACAAAUUCUUCGAUUUAACAUUCUACAAAAGUCGAGUCAAACUUGAUUUAAAAAACGAUCUUGUUUAAAACUUUUCCGAUGUGGUAUGUUGUUCAUAUUUCUUUAAUUCAGUGUUUAUAUUUCUAAAUUGGAACGUCGGAAAUUUUGUUUAAUGUUUAAUGUAACUCUUUCUCCUGGUGCUGACACAUAUAUCCACUUAUUAAAAUAAUUCAGAUAAACCGAUAUGAUUGUUAUGAUUGCUAUUUUUAUAAUUAUCAUGAGUAUUUUGGUAAUGUUUGAAUCUAAUUUCUACUAAGUACCUCUUUACUUAUCAUGAUUGCAAACAUUAAUUCAUUGAUGUUUAUUUUGAAUCAUUUCGAUUGUUGUAAAUAAUUUGCAUGUCUAUUAAAAUAUUAUUCAUGAAACAUUUUAGAAAGCUUUUGUUCAUGAUUUUCUUCAUUUUAUGAAACAAAUAGAAGUUAAAUUGUUAUGAUUAGAAUUUAAAAUGUGACUGAAAUAAUAUUUCGCUUAUUACUAUGAGUAGCUAAUACAUAUUCAUUGUAAAGAAUCACAUAAUGAGCAGCAGCAAAUCGGAAAAUAAUGAAUCAUCGGAUGACUUCACAAACCAUUAAAAAGGUAGUCAAAUAUAACAUUAAGAAAGUCUAUGUUGGUUUUUUUUCUUUGUUGACUUAGUUGUUUGUUUUAUAGUGAUUAAAAUGAUAACACAAUGUU